UAUCGCCUGCGUUCGUCGCUCAGGCAAGAAUGAGACCGUACAACACCCUCUCGCAAAAGAGAGAUAUAAUUGCUAUGCGUGCCAGUUCAGGCGAAAGGCCUAUCCUUCUACUUUACUACCCAGUUUACCGGUACUAGACUAUCUAGUUACAAGAGACCACGACGGGAAAAGGAUCAAUGGUCGCUUUAUUUUUACUCAGUUCGUAUGCGUCCUUCACGGUAUUGCCAUGGUGUCCGAUAGGCUCGUAGCUUUGCCCUAGGAUACCAGAUGAGAACUACAUCAGCCUAAGUGAGUCUACAGUUAAAAGCUUCGCGAUGCUGUUAAUCGCCUAGAGCAGGGCGUAUCUGCUAAACUACGUACCAAACCCAAAGCAGUGUAAAACUUGUCAGAAGAUUUUACUCUCCCAUUCCCCCUCCAUUUCUUUCCUCCUAUGUCUGCCCUUAAUAAGGAUUUUUCUAACACUAAACCGUACAAACUGUCUUGAAUGCCUUUCAUCCGCAACCAAUGUUGUUGCUAAGUCGCCUGUGUCUUCAGUUGCGAGAACUUCUUGUAAUGCGAUUGCUGAGAGAAGAACCUGACGUAUAGAGACAGCCUCUUAGCUAUCAGAUGACCGAAAAGGCAAAGCUGAGGUGAGCGGAAUCGGUCACAAGUGCUGAGUCCGAUCUCAUUUGACGUGCUAUGAUCUUAUGUAGACGCACUAUCUACAUCAAUGGUUGGUGCAGCCUGUUGAAGUAAUUUCCGCAAACGGAGCGACCGACGAAGUGGACGAAAUUAGCAGAUCAUCAAUUCGCGUUGGUGGUUCUUCUUCUUCUAAUCAUGCAGUACAAGAUGGGUAUUCCGGGUCCUCUAGAAGGCUCGACAGCAUCUUCUCUAAUCAGUUCAACUGAGGCCAAUGAUAUCGCAUCUGCAGACAGCUUGGUGUCUCGCUUCGGACCGUGGGACUAUGUCGUUUUCGUAGGGGCGCUCUUGGUGUCCGCCUUAAUCGGCUUGUACUACGCUUGCUCAGGGGGCAAACAAAGAACUACCUCAGAGAUGCUUCUCGGAAACCGAUCGCUGCCGGUGUUUCCUGUUUCACUUUCGAUCCUGGCCUCGUUCUUGUCUGCUAUUACAAUUCUCGGAACAGCUACGGAAAUGUAUCGCUUCGGAACUCAGUAUAUGCUCAUUAUAUUAAGCUAUUUCAUCGUUAUUCCGUCAGCUGCUUAUCUGUAUAUGCCCGUCUUCUACCGUUUGGAGCUGACCAGCGCACACGAAUACCUGGAACGUCGGUUUAGCAAAACCUGUCGAAUGCUAGCGACGUUGAUCUUUUCAAUUCAAAUGAUUGUAUAUAUGGCCAUCGUCCUGUACGCCCCGUCUUUAGCGUUAUCCCAGGUGACAGGUAUCAGCGUCUGGACCUCGGUGUUGUCGAUAGGCACCGUUUGCACCUUUUACACAUCUAUUGGAGGAAUUAAAGCUGUAAUUUGGACAGACGCAUUUCAGAUCGGAAUAAUGUACGCUUCCAUUAUGGCUGUAGUGAUCAAGGGCUCCACGGACCUAGGAGGAAUGGAUAACGUCAUCAAAACGGCCGCCAUCCAUGAUCGGAUCACAUUUUUCAACUUCAACCCGGAUCCUACCGACAGGCACACGGUUUGGGGCCUGAUCAUCGGCUGUAACUUUACCUGGCUUUCAAUUUACGGUACUUCUCAAGCAAUGGUGCAGCGUUAUUUAACUUUAUCGUCUGAGGAAAAAGCUCGACGGGCCAUAUGGCUUAAUUUACCCGGUUUGGUGUUCCUGCUGUUCGUUUGCUCCCUAGCGGGGCUGGUGAUGUUCGCCAAGUAUCACAGCUGCGACCCCCUUCAGGCAAAACGCAUUGUAGCUACCGAUCAGCUUUUGCCACUUUUCGUUAUGGACACGUUAGGCUUCUUUCCAGGGUUGCCUGGAUUUUUUGUUUCAGGGAUUUUCAGUGGGGCUUUGUCGACAGUCAGCUCAAGCGUCAACUCUUUAGCAACUGUUGCUCUAGAAGAUGUCGUCAAAGGCUAUUUAGAACGAGAACUGUCUGACCAGAUGGCGACAUGGGUGACCAAAGCAUUCGCGAUUUUCUUCGGAGUUUUGGCCAUUGCUUUGGUUUACGUCGCCCAGCAGCUUGGAAAUGUUCUGCAAGCAGCUCUGGCCACCUUCGGUAUCCUUGGUGGGCCCAUACUUGGCGUCUUCACAUUAGGAAUAUUUAUACCUCAAGCUAAUAAGCACGGCGCCGUAGUAGGUCUUUUGAUAUCACUGGCUCUCACUUUCUGGAUUGGCAUUGGAAACUUCAUCUAUAAGCCGCCCGUGUCGCCCGCUCCUAUUUCGGUUGCUGGCUGUCCUACCUGGAUCAACGCUACCUUACCUACACAGUUAUCGUCAUCCGCGACUGCAAAGGAGAUCGUCUGGUUCUACCGAAUCUCUUACGUAUGGUACUCGAUGAUAGCGACACUGUUGGUCAUUGUCGUUGGGUUACCGGUCUCUGUUUGCACUGGAUGCACCAUCCCAAAACAGGUCGAUGAUCGGCUGAUAAGUCCGCUAUACAACCAGUUCAUCAAAACGUUUGUACCGUUCGAACGAUAUAAGGAGAAGCUUCUGACCUCGCAGGGAAAAGAGGGCGGUGAUGAUAUGAAAAUGGUGCCAGUAAACAAAUCCCUAAAUGUUUCGAUGAGCGGAACAUUGAAUGCUGUUUUUGAUCACCGACUUGAAAAUAUGGACUUUACUCUGAGACGGAACAACAGCGAAAGCAGUCGUCUUAAAUAUGCAAACACGAACAAUUAUGCCGACUGCGGCCAUAUAUCUUCGCAUAUGUAGUUAAAAAGUUCAACUUUCUCUGACGUUCUGCGUCAGUUCUCUAUGGUCAAGUGACUUCAGUGCACGUCGAAGAACUAACCUUCCUGGCGUGAUCAAAACAUCUAGUCUAAACGCAUAAUCAAGACAGAGACAGGCUCUGGCUGAACAAACGAUUGCCACCGAACAUUUCUAAUAAGAUGAAAAAAGAAUUUCCUAUAGAUAUCAUGGUCGUUUUAGUACAUUACAUUCAAAAAAAAUCUGCUUUCUAAGUAUAUUUGUGCUUAUAUAUAUAUAUAAUUUAGUAUUAGUUUGCAAAAUGUACGGUAAUGCAAUAGACUUUAGAUCUGAUACACAAUCAGAAAGUAAUGUGAGUUCUCUUUUUAAAAAUCUGUUUCGAUCUUGUCCAUUGGAGAAGCUAUUCUCGUUUAUUUUAACCGCUUUGUUCACUGAAGUUAUGCUACUGUAGUCGGCGUCGCUAUCUCUAGGUGAGUUGAGCAUACGUGGUACAGCUCAAAAGCUGGUAGAAUUUGCUACAUGAAGAUAGGAAAACAUCAAAUCUACAUAUAUAUAUAUAUAUAUAUAUAUAUAUAUAUACUUGCGAAUUACACCAUUAUCGCAGGAUUACACUCUUAUUGUGUGUUA